AUGCUUGAUUUCAGGGGAGAACAAGGAAGACCUUUCUACGAUCCGUCCAAGUUGGUUCUCGACCAUACCAAGAAAACGAGCUUGAAACCACGUUUGUGGCAAAUACAUCGUCGAUCGAAGGUAGCCUCUUCAUUCGAGAAACAUCCUGAUUUCGAGGACACGUCACGGGGUACAAUGAGCUCGACCAAUGGCGAGUCAGCGCCUAUAUCCACUACUUUGCCAUGA